CGCAGCAUCAUUUCAACGCAGCAGUUUGAGAAGACGCAACACAAAAUGGCUUUGCGAAUUUAACGCUCGACUGAGAAGAAACGCUCACAGCACUAACAGGAAUAUAGGGCGCUCUGUUUUUCUGAAAUAAUAAAGACCACACAAGAAACAAGCCUGGAAAUCAACGGCGGACAGUGGGGGCAUUCUGGGGACAGUAAUGACGGGGGUGGGAGCCAGGGGGAGAAAGACGGGACUCCCGGGGUUCUGUUGGAAAACAUUCUAUUUCCACAUUCUCUUCUGGGUCGUGUCUGUUUGUGGAGAAGAGAGGACCUUCAUUGUUGAGACGUGGCUGAAGAACUAUGGCUAUCUGCUCCCUCUGGACAUCCGGACAUCGGACCUGCGAUCGGAGAAAGCCAUGCAGUCGGCAGUCGCUGCCAUGCAGAGGUUUUACGGUAUUCCAGUGACGGGAGUGCUUGACCAGACCACCAUCGAGUGGAUGAGAAAACCUCGGUGUGGAGUUCCAGAUCACCCUCACAUCAGCCGACGGAGGAGAAAUAAACGCUACGCCCUCACUGGUCAGAAAUGGAGGGAGAAAAAGAUCACAUACAGCAUACAUAAUUUCACCCCCAAGGUGGGUGAGAAAGACACCCAGAGGGCAAUUCGCCAUGCCUUCGACGUCUGGCAGACAGUGACCCCGCUGACCUUUCAGGAAGUGGCUUACUCUGAGAUCAAGAACGAGGGUAAAGAGGCGGACAUCAUGAUCUUCUUUGCCUCUGGUUUCCAUGGUGACAGUUCUCCGUUUGAUGGAGAGGGAGGUUUUUUAGCUCAUGCAUAUUUCCCUGGUCCUGGAAUUGGCGGAGACACACACUUCGACUCUGAUGAGCCCUGGACGUUAGGAAAUGCCAAUCACGACGGCAAUGAUCUUUUCCUGGUGGCCGUGCAUGAGUUGGGACACGCGUUAGGUCUGGAACAUUCCAACGACCCCAGUGCGAUCAUGGCCCCCUUCUACCAGUACAUGGAUACGCACAACUUCAAACUGCCUCUAGACGACCUUCAGGGGAUCCAGAAAAUCUAUGGUGUUCCCACAGCCAUGCUGGAGCCCACCCGACCUCUUCCUACUCUACCUGCCCGACGCACACACUCCACCUCUGAGAGGAAACAUGACCGGCAUCGCCCCGCUCGCCCACCCUCUGGAGAUCGGCCGUCUUCUCCCGGUAAUGGAAAACCUAACAUCUGCGAUGGCAACUUUAACACUGUGGCCUUCUUUCGACGGGAGAUGUUUGUUUUUAAGGAUCGCUGGUUCUGGCGUUUGCGCAACAACAAAGUUCAGGAAGGCUAUCCCAUGUUGAUAGAGCAGUUCUGGAAGGGUCUACCUCCUCGCAUUGACGCUGCUUACGAGAGAUCAGAUGGCAAAUUUGUGUUCUUCAAAGGGGAUAAAUACUGGGUCUUCAAGGAGGUUACAGCAGAACCUGGGUAUCCUCACAGUCUGGUAGAGUUGGGCAGCUGUCUGCCCCGCGAUGGCAUCGACACAGCCUUACGCUGGGAACCUGUUGGCAAAACGUAUUUCUUCAAGGGCGACCAGUACUGGCGUUACAAUGAGGAGAAGCGUACAGCUGACCCAGGCUAUCCCAAACCCAUCAGUGUCUGGAAGGGCAUCCCUGAUGCCCCGCAAGGAGCCUUCAUCAGUCGAGAAGGAUUUUAUACCUACUUUUACAAGGGAAAGGACUACUGGAAGUUCGAUAACCAGAAGUUAACUGUGGAGCCAGGCUACCCAAAAUCAAUCAUCAAAGACUGGAUGGGCUGCGAUCAAUCUGAAGUAGUAAAGAACAAGGACCGUCACCUCCCUCACGAUGAUGUCGACAUCAUGGUCGCCAUUAAUGAUGUACCCGGCACUGUAAACGCAAUCGCUGUGGUCAUCCCGUGCAUCCUCUCACUGUGCAUUCUGGUCCUUGUAUAUACUAUCUUCCAGUUCAAGAACAAAAAUGUCCAACAGCAAGUGACCUACUACAAACACCCCGUGCAGGAGUGGGUAUGAUGGACUGGGGGGCGCGAAGGACCCCAAACGCUUGACAACAUAAGUGAGGGCUACUAUGCUGAGAGUUGACCAGUGCCUGUUUUCUGAACCUUCAACCUUGUCCUUGAACAAAAAAUGAGAAAAGGGACUAUCUUCUUCCUUCCCACUUGAGACAAAACUUAACAACAAAUAUUGCAUUUUUUUAGCAUGAGCCCAACGGACAACUCUUUUUGGGAGUGAACGUUUGAAGUUGUGCCCUGGCCUUAUGCUAACCAUAUGAAGUCUUAACGGUCAGGACCAUCACUCCAAUUUGACCGAGACCAUCUUUUCUCCAGGAGAGUUAGAGGAACCGCAGAUUUGCGAAACGCCAGCAAAUCCUUGUCUCGUUCACAACAUAAACUUGUAUGUGAAUUUCAAGUAUUAUCAAAGAAUUUAAACGAGCAAAACAACAAAAAAAUACUUGAAAACCAUGUAGGUAGAAAGGCCAUAGAAAAGAAUACCAAGGAAUUCUUGCAGUCUUUUUCAUUGAUGGGAUAAAAGGUUCACCUCUGGCACUCCUUGAAGACUUCAACAUGUUUUUUAGAGAUGGAUAGGAGGCACUUUCAAACUAAUUAGCUUCAUAAGUUCAUCUGAAUGUUUGUUUGAAUUUUUUCCCCUUUCCUCACCUGCCUAUCCAUUUCCACAGAGUAGGAAGAAUGAUUUAUAAUAACUAGGUCAGUCUUAACACCGCCUCCCACUCACUACUGUACUCUAUUCCUUUUCAUCUCUUGCUGUUUUAUCAGUCUGUAACAAAAGAGUAUCUCUUUUUAAUGGCAUUAGGUCUUUAUAGGAGAGUAAUUUUGUGUCAUAAUAGGCACAAUUUGGUUCUUUAGAAUACGGCCUGAUUUCUUGCAAUCCCUAUAUUACAUUUUGCUUUUAUUAGUCAUAUUUCCAACCAUCUUGCAGUUUUUUUGUUACGACCUUACCUUUUCACCAAGUGUUAUAUUUGAAACACUGGUGCCAGACAGGAACAUGAACAAUGAACACAUCUGAAUAUAUAAUAGCUUUGUUACCGUUGCCUCCAGGAGAUGAUCUCUCAACAGUUCAUCCAUCCUUUUUGAAUGAACGUAAUAUGCUGUAUGUCUUACAUUUUCAUGUUUUCAGUGUGGAUCGUCUAACGCUUAGCUCAUAAAUGUCUGUUGGGUGCUUUUAUUGGUUCGACUUUGCUAUUUAAUAGUGAAGUGUGUCUGACUGUACCAUAUUAACCCAUCUCUUUGUGCUCAUCUGCUGUGGGAAUGGAUCUGAUACAUUGCACAUUGGAAGGAGAUGAGAUGUAAUUAAUGUUUUCAGAAUUCCAAAUG